AGGUCUGGUCGCCGAGGCAGGAACGCGCAAUCCUCAGCGUGCACCAUCCCCAUAGCAUCCCUCCAGGCUCCGCAGGCAGCGAGCCUCUGGGCACCGGGCCCCUCUGCUCCGCGGAAAAGCCUGAUGAAGUCCUCCGAUAUCGAUCAGGACUUAUUUACAGACAGUUACUGCAAGGUGUGCAGCGCACAGCUGAUAUCGGAAUCUCAGCGUGUGGCCCACUACGAGAGUCGAAAACAUGCCAGCAAAGUCCGACUGUAUUACAUGCUUCACCCCAGGGAUGGUGGGUGUCCAGCCAAGAGGCUCCGAUCAGAAAACGGAAAUGAUGCUGAUCUGGUGGAUAAAAACAAAUGCUGUACCCUCUGUAACAUGUCCUUCACCUCUGCGGUGGUGGCUGACUCACAUUAUCAAGGCAAAAUCCACGCCAAAAGGUUAAAGCUGUUGCUAGGAGAAAAAACCCCGUUAAAGACCACAGCCACACCUCUGAGCUCACUUAAACCUCCGAGGGUGGACACUGCUCCAGUGACUCCAUCUCCCUAUCAAAGAAGAGACUCAGACAGAUACUGUGGACUCUGUGCAGCCUGGUUCAACAAUCCUCUGAUGGCCCAGCAGCAUUAUGAUGGCAAGAAGCACAAAAAGAAUGCGGCAAGAGUCGCUUUGUUAGAGCAGCUGGGGACAACUCUGGAUAUGGGCGAACUAAGAGGUCUGAGGCGCAAUUACAGAUGCACCACCUGCAGUGUCUCCCUAAACUCAAUAGAACAGUAUCACGCCCAUCUGAAAGGAUCCAAGCACCAGACCAAGUAG